UAAAUCUAGUGGCGCUCUGCUCCAGGUUUGUUCAGCUCAGCUCUCAGCAUGUCUGGUUGCCGAUUUGCCUUAAUUGAAGUUAACUGAUCAGCUGAGCAAAAGUUUAGCCGAUUCAAAUUCUCAGAGCGUCAUAAGCCGGUCGAAAUUUGUUGUAUUUUUAUCGGUCGCGUUCAGUUGGAAGCCGGCAGAAAGCUGCAGUUUCAGUGCGAUACGAGCAACCGGCGGCUUCACACCUGGUCCACGCAUUCAACAAUUCAAAAUCAAAAGAUACAACGAAUUCUGAAGAGACCCACUGAAGACCCUUCAAACUUUCAUGGCAUUAAUGCUUGAAUAGAUUAUUUAUUCGCUUCCAAUAAACACAGACACAAUCAAAAUGACUGACCUGGAGUCAACGAAAUUGGACAAACACAAUGGCCAUCAGACACAUCACAACAACAAUGAGCAUACGGAAAGUGAACCACUCACCUGGAGAUUCUGGCGUAAACAGCGUUAUAUUGUGGUGCUCUUGGCCUUCUUUGGCUUCUUCAAUGUCUACUCGUUGCGUGUAAAUCUGUCUGUGGCCAUUGUGGCAAUGACUGAGAAUCGUACUGUAACUGAUGACGCUGGCAAUGUGUCCUACGAGCAGGACUUUCCCUGGGACUCCAAGCAGAAAGGUUUGAUUUUGAGCUCCUUCUUCUAUGGCUACAUUUUAACGCAGUUUCUCGGCGGUUAUAUUGGCACAAAGAUUGGCGGCAAUAUUGUUUUUGGACUGGGCAUUGGUACAACAGCCAUUUUGACACUGCUAACGCCCUUGGCGGCCAAUCAUAGUCUGGAAAUGUUCCUGGCGGUGCGUAUUAUUGAAGGCGUCUUUGAGGGCGUCACUUUCCCGGGCAUCCAUGCCGUGUGGGCCAGAUGGUCACCGCCUUUGGAGCGCUCCCGCAUGGCAUCGAUUGCCUUUGCCGGAAAUUAUGCUGGCACAGUGAUAGCGAUGCCAUCGUCCGGUUUAUUGGCAUCACGUUACGGCUGGGAAAGUGUUUUCUAUGUAUUUGGCGCUAUUGGCGUAGUUUGGUUCAUACUAUGGAUGCUGUUUGUUCGUGCCGGGCCCGAAUUGGAUCGCUUUUGCUCGAAGGAGGAGUGCGAGUAUAUUCAGAAGACAAUUGGCUAUGUGGGUGCGAAGAAGAUUAAGCAUCCGUGGAAGGCGUUCUUUACUUCAAUGGCCUUCUAUGCGAUUAUUGCUUCGCACUUCUCCGAGAACUGGGGCUUCUACACUUUGCUCACGCAGUUGCCCAGCUUUCUUAAGGAUACACUUAACUUUGAUCUGGGCAAAACGGGCUUCAUAUCGGCUGUUCCCUACCUGGCAAUGGGCAUUCUGCUGGCGAUAUCUGGUUACUUAGCCGAUUGGCUGCAAGUUAAGGGCAUUUGGACAACAACGCAAGUGCGUCGUAAUUUCAAUUGUGGUGCAUUCUUGGCUCAAACAGUUUUCAUGAUGCUUACGGCGUAUAUCAUGGAUCCCACGUGGUCGGUGAUUUUCAUCACAAUUGCUGUGGGCCUCGGUGCAUUCGCUUGGUCUGGAUUCGCUGUCAAUCACUUGGAUAUUGCACCACAGCACGCCAGUGUGCUUAUGGGCAUUGGCAACACUUUUGCAACAAUUCCCGGCAUUGUCAGUCCCCUAUUGACGGGCUACAUUGUCGGUGAUGGCGGCGACCGCGACCAAUGGCGAGUGGUCUUCUUCAUAUCGGCGGGCAUCUAUCUCGUUGGUUGUGUCAUUUACUGGUUCUAUGCGUCGGGCGAGCUGCAGGAGUGGGCCAAGACACCGGAACAAAAAGCAAUGGAGGCUGAACAGAAGCAGCAACUGCAACUGACACAACGAGCCGGAUUUGUAAAUACGGCUGCCGACCUAAAGGACUAAAAGUAUCAAUACACAUACAUACAUACAUACAUAUACAGGACAAUUGAAAGUGUUCAACAAAACUGCAACCGCAAUACCAGAGACACAUUUUAGUUUAGUUUAUACUCGUAUACUCGUAUACAUUUAUACAUAGUACCAUAUUGUCAGCUCAAAGUUGCGCCUUAGAAUUUCUUCCUUGUUAUGUGAUGCCAGCAAGUGGAUUUUAUUCAUGUUAGCCCAUUGACUAUUUUUAGAGUUUUGCCUGUGCACUCGCAGUGCAUUCGAGUGCUGUUCCGAAUAAACAAAGUUUUUUAUUCAAACUGCA